GCAAAGAUAUGCUGGAACGGCAUGCUGAGAAUGUCUUGAUGGCCGGCGUCUAUCUUGACGUGGCGGACCUGUUCAUGGCCAGCAUGCUUGAGAAUGCCACACUUUUCUUUGUGAGCAAUGUGGAUGAGCCGAAGUUUGUGCCCAUGCAAGAAUACUUCAAGACCCUGGGUGUGCAGAUGCCUGAACCACAUCCCGAUUGUAGUGACAAACCUUCUGAAAAGUGGCAUGUUCUCUUGACAAGGGCAGACUAUGAGGCUUGUGGUCGCUGUGAGGAUCUCCCAAGCAUAAAUCAUUUCAUGCCAGUGUUCGAAAGCAACGAGGAACGGGUCAAGAAGGAGAUCGCAUGGAUGAAAGGGGAAACCAGACGCAAAGAUUCUGAGCUGAAAGCGGCAAUCAUGGAGCUCUAUGAUGAUGCUAGCGGUAUGGAUGAAAAUGACAAUGAUGCGUUGAUCGAACAGUUGCUGGAUCAGGUGCGAUUGGCAGAACAGCGCGGUGAUGCUUUAGUUCACAUGGUAACCCGCAUCUCCAGCAUGGCAAUGGAGAAUGCAAAACCAGAUGGCAAGUGGCUAGUUCGGGAAGCAGUGUCGGACGGCAACUGUGGGCUUUGGACCAUCAUGGCUUUGCAGGCAAAUGGACUAGACAUGUCUCUCACGGUGGACUCUGACACUUUUGAUGGCAUGCUAGCCUGGAGAGAGAGAUUGUCGGAGGCAUGGAUGAAGGUGUCUUCAGAUGGUGUUUGGCAAAAAUAUCUUUCCCUCAGCUCCGGAGACGGUAAGCCAUCUAUGCCAGCUUUGUUGAAAGACGGCAGGGCAGCAGAAUCCACAGAGCAAAAAGAGAAGCGUUUGCGCGCUUCAGCACCUCCAGCCAACAAGAGGCUGAAGAUGGAUCCAUCGUCUGGUGGUUUUCUACCUGGCAAUCUGAUCAAGAAUGAAGACCCCGAGAACAAGGUGAAAUCGGAGCCUGCAAUUUCUCAGCCUCUACCAGUGCGCAUUCCAGCUGCAGAAAGGUCGAGGAAAGGUGCUUUCACAGCUGAGAACCAGCCGAAAGAGGAAAAACAGGAAAAGGAAUACAACCGCAAGUCCAAGAAAAAGGUCAAGACUGAACCUGAACAUCCUGAACGUCCUGAACAUGGUCAAGCUGAUCAAGAUGAUCAAGUUGCUGCCGAGAACGUAGAGGGUGAGAAGCCUAGGCAAACCAGGCCGUAUCGCAGGGCAACUGCAGAUGAGAAAGUACAGCGGCAGAAAAAUGUAGCAAUCAGAGCAGUGUUGGCAACACAGUUCAAGUUACGAUAUACACAAUGGCAUGCUGCGCACACUUGUGGUGCCCCCAUCAACGGUGCUGCUUCCACCUUGUGUGAUGGAAAAGGAUGGGGAGAUAUGUUGAAGGAUUUGACAAAUCAGACCUUACCCUCUUGCACGUCUUGCAAGCAGCUUCUCAUUGAGAGAGACAUUCCUGCUCAGUUGCCCAAGAUCCUGGAAAUGAUGAACAAAGUUGACAAAAUCUCCCUGGCAGAGUACAAAGCCGGGGAUAAUGCUGAAGGUGCUGACGUAGCUGCUGAUCAUCAUGAUGCUCAUACUGGCCCUCUUGAGGAACAAGUUCAAGAUGCUCAAGGAGAUCAAGAUGCCGAUCAGCCGCUGCUAAGGUUGCCAAAGAUUCUCGAUUGCUUUAAUAUGCUUUAA